AUUUUGUUAGCACUGGGAAUUUAAAUCAGCGGAUAUUUCAGCCAAACUUUGUGUUAUUGUAUGUUUCGUUGCUAUUGUGAUGUCACUAUUACCAUUAUGACUUCAUUUUUUGUAAGUUUAAGCUAUAAAAUGUCUAUCGUGCCUGAUUUAGUUGAACAGGCAAAGAAUUUAGAAAAAGAAGCGUUGUCAGUUGUGUGGAACAAAAAUGGAUGGACUUACUUAAAGACAUUGAAUGACGUGGAAGUUUAUUGGAAACCAUCAACGUGUUUUAAUGGAAGCAUUUACAAGUUCACUGUCGAGGUCGACCAACUGUGCGAUGAUGUUUAUGAUGUCAUGAAACCACCCGAUGUCACGGAUGACCGACUUUCAUGGGACAAAAGCAUCAAACAUUAUGAGGUGGUGGAAAAGGUUAAUGAGGAUAUCAAAGUUGGAUUGAUAACAACACCUGCGGUUGCCAUGGGGAUGAUAUCAAAACGAGAAUUCGUGGAUUUGUAUUAUUUCCGAACUUAUGAUUGUGAUGUCACUGAUGCAGAAUAUUCAAAAACAUGUUGGAUAUUUGCUACCAGCAUAGACCACCCAAAACACUCCCCAACCAAAGGUUACGUUCGUGCAAAGAAUUAUCCCGCCGGGUAUUCGGUGUCUAAAAGUAAACGAUAUCCUAACAAGAGUUACAUGGAGUUGUAUGUUAACUGUGACAUCGGUGGUAUGUUGCCACGAACGUUGGUUGAAGCUGCCCUACCCUCACAACAAAUCGCGUACAUUCGAAGCGUUUUAGAAGAAGUGCAACGUAGAAAAACUAAAUAAUUGUGACGUUAUAUUACACUUUAAUCAGUAUUGCUUUUCCUAAUCUUUCUUAUUGAUAUUUUCAAUUCUGUUUUACUAAAAUAUGCAAUUUCUAUUUACAUAAUAAACUUUAACCUUCCCAUUUAAACCUUAUUUCCAUCAGUUGCGACUCACAGGUUGUAUAGGUGUAUUUAUUAUCACAAUGAUUAAAAAUUAAAGGUGCAAAAUAU